AGUUCACGCGGUCCGGCUGAGCUGGACUUUCCUUCUUUACCGAAAACAAUUUCCACUAUUUGUUCACCCCCACGGCCCACUCCUCAGAGGCAUUUACUCAAACACAUUCCGGCGACAGAAAAAAAAAAAAAAGAAAGAAAAAUAUUUGAUAAUUUAGUGUGUUAUUGCGUGGGUUUCUUCACAAGUUGGUAACUAAGAAGGAUGUCGAGGUUUUGGAAACCCGGAACAGAGAAGCCUCGCAUUGUGGAAGAUGAAGAAGGAGGUAUUCUGUUCUACUCGGCCUCUCCAUCUUCUUCUGGGCAAGGGUAUGAAAGUCUGAGGCAGAGGCUCCCGGCGUACAAGUAUAGAACCGACAUUCUUUAUUUAGUGGAGACGCACGCCACAACCAUCGUCGUCGGAGAAACGGGCAGUGGGAAAACUACUCAGAUUCCUCAGUACUUGAAAGAAGCUGGAUGGGCGGAGGGUGGACGGAUGAUAGCAUGCACCCAACCAAGACGGUUGGCUGUGCAGAGUGUUGCUUCAAGAGUUGCUGAAGAGAUGGGUGUCAAACUAGGGGAAGAAGUUGGCUACACAAUUCGAUUUGAAGAUAUUACCAAUCCUGAACUGACUAGGAUAAAAUUUCUCACUGACGGAGUGUUGCUAAGAGAAAUGAUGGAUGAUCCUUUGUUAAGCAAGUACAGUGUAAUCAUGGUUGAUGAAGCUCAUGAACGUUCUCUUGCAACAGACAUUUUGUUAGGUCUUCUUAAAAAGAUUCAGCGGCGUCGGCCUGAGCUCCGUCUUAUAAUCUCAUCCGCUACAAUUGAGGCAAAAUCAAUGGCUUCUUUUUUCAGUGCCAGUCGAAGGAUUCAUGGACGAGAGGAUGAAGAACAUGGACCAAGGAAAGUGCCUGCCAUUCUGUCCGUCGAAGGUAGGGGAUUCACUGUGCAAAUGUUUUACUCCGAGGAGCCUGUUUCAGAUUAUAUCCGAGCGGCAGUUUCAACUGUAAUUUCUAUUCACGAUGAGGAACGAAUGGGAGAUGUUCUUGUUUUUCUUACUGGCCAAGAUGAUAUUGAUGCUGCAAUUCAGUUGCUUACAGAAGAUUCACAUAAGAGAAAGCAAGAAUUGAUUGUCUUGCCUCUAUAUUCUGGACUGCCUCGUGCAGAUCAGGAUCUUGUGUUUUCUCCUACUCCUCGUGGGAAGAGAAAGGUGAUAUUCUCAACAAAUAUUGCAGAGACAUCCUUGACAUUGGAGGGUGUUGUCUACGUUGUUGAUUGUGGUUUCUCGAAGCAAUGCUUCUACAAUCCAAUGACUGAUAUCGAAAAUUUGGUCGUGGCACCAAUAUCUAAGGCUUCUGCGCGGCAAAGAGCUGGUAGGGCUGGAAGAGUUCGGCCAGGAAAGUGUUACAGGCUCUACACAGAAGAAUAUUUUAUAAAUGAGAUGUCUGCUGAUGGUAUUCCGGAGAUGCAGAGGUCAAAUCUAGUUUCCUGUGUAAUUCAGUUAAAAGCCUUGGGGAUAGACAAUAUUUUGGGGUUCGAUUGGCCAGCAUCACCCUCCCCUGAAGCACUCAUCAGAGCACUUGAAGUAUUGUAUUCUCUUGGAGUUCUUGAUGACGAUGCAAAACUUACAUCUCCUGCUGGAUUCCAGGUUGCAGAGAUUCCGGUGGAUCCGAUGGUUUCCAAAAUGAUUUUAGCUUCAAAUGAUUAUGGUUGUUCUGAAGAAGUCAUCACUAUCGCUGCUGUUCUGUCAGUACAGUCUAUCUGGUUUUCUGCUAGGGGGGUGCAAAAGCAGUUGGAUGAAGCCAAGUUGAGAUUUGCUGCUGCUGAGGGUGAUCAUGUUACCUUCUUAAACGUGUACAGAGGAUUUAUCGAGUCUCGUAAAUCUUCAAACUGGUGUCACAAGAACCAUAUAAAUUACCAUGCCAUGAAAAAAGUUGAUGAAAUCCGACAACAGCUGAGAAGAGUUGCACAACGGUUAGGUAUCACUCUAAAAUCUUGCGAAGGUGAUAUGGAGGUAGUGAGGAAGGCAGUUACUGCUGGAUUUUUUGCUAAUGCUUGUCGUUUAGAAGCAUUCAGUCAUAACGGGCUAUACAAGACUAUAAGAAGUUCACAGGAAGUUUACAUUCAUCCUUCUUCUGUACUAUUCAGGGUUAAUCCAAAGUGGGUAAUCUUCCAUUCAAUUGUGUCAACAGAUCGUCGAUACAUGAGAAAUGUGAUAUCGAUCGAUCCCUCUUGGCUAACAGAGGCGGCCCCACAUUUUUACCAGAACCAACUCUUCAAUCCUAGACCUCACUGAUCGAUUCCUAGUGCUUAUACUAAAGUUAAUUUAUUAUGUCCAAAUUCGACUCGAACUGAUACCUGCAUAUAUAUUCCAACUCACUGAGGCAGAGUCUAUUUGGAGUUCAUUUGAAAUUGUUAUGCCAGAUGUGUCCCUCUUCUGUCACUAACUUUGCCAUGCAAGAUGGUUUUUGCCGUGUCGGGAAAUGAGAUAUGGUGCUUUAAAGAGAUCAACUCGACACACACCAUAGGGAUACAUAGGAUUUUGGACACGACUUUGCGUGAGAAAAUAACGUAAAAGUGGUGAGGAAGCCGUUGUAUUGCUAUAUUUUAAUCAUGCUGUUAUUCUGCUGCAUUGCAUCCAUCAUCCUUAAUUUUUUUAUGUUGGUAGUAUUAUAUGCAUGUGCGCAUUGAAAAAUUGUGCAGCCUUGAAUUCUUGGGGAGCAGCCAGUCAUUGCACGAGUUUGACUCGGUGAGUUUCAAAUCAGGGUGAUGUAGAUUAUUUAAUUCUCAACUAGUUAUGUUUUUAUUUUACUUAAAACAGUAUUUACUUGACUGACUUUGUCCA